AUGGAAAAGAUGAAAUCAACUCCAUGGGCUGUGGCUUCAUCGUCUUUGGCAACCGUAGGGAUGGAGGUUUCGAUGGAGAAGACGAUAGGGGCACAGGAAUUGGAGAGGACUCAGACGAAGACUUCUAUCUUCGUAGGGAUGGGGUUUCAAUGGGAAUGGAGGCCUCUGUUUGGGUUUGGCUAUGAUAACAAAAAUGAAGUUGUUUCUAAUUAUGCCACGUCAAAUGCGAUGCCACGGGGGUGUCCCCGUUUUGGGUUCAUACAAUCUCGAGCUGAUUAUAGUUUAUUUACCAAGAAAGCUGGCCAGUCCUUUGUUGCAUUGCUUGUAUAUGUUGACGACAUAGUUGUGACUUCUAAUGAUGCUCAAUCCAUUAUUAAUCUCAAGAAUUUUCUGGAUGCCAUAUUCAAGAUCAAGGAUUUAGGCUCUCUUAAAUACUUUUUGGAUUUAGAGGUAGCUCGAAACUCCAAUGGUAUUCAAGUUUGUCAAUGCAAAUAUGCAUUAGACAUUUUGCAUGAUUCAUGUUUACUCGGCUGUAAACCCAGUUCAACUCCCAUGGAUUCCAACCUUAAACUGUCCAACAAUGAAGGCACAUUGCUUCAAGACCCAACUUUGUACAGAAGGCUCAUUGACAAACUUAUUUACCUUACCAUAACACAACCUGACCUUACAUACUCAACUCAUUUGCUCAGUCAAUACAUGGCCACCCCAUAUAUUCCUCAUCUUCAAGCUGCCUACAAAGUACUGAAAUAUGUCGAGAAAUCUCUAGGUCAUGGUCUGUUCUUUCCCUCAUCUUCAUCUUGUCAAGUCACUGCCUAUUGUCACUCGGAUUGGGCUUCUUGCCCUGAUACAAGAAGAUCCACCACUGGAUGUUGUGUUUUUCUUGGACAAUCUCUGUUUCCUGGAAAUCUAAGAAGCAAACAACAAUUCCAAGAAGUUUAG